CAAGCAGUUUUUUAUUUUUUAUAUGGCAGGAUCAGCGGGAAAGGGAUCUCACCAACGAGAGCCGACAAAACUAUGGAGCGAUAUGCAACAGGAGACAAGACGAGAAGAAGCUCGACUUUACCGCAUGGAUUUGAAUGUUUACACGCUAUCUAAAUAUAGCCUGUAAAAAAUAGUUGUAGCUGUUACAGUCGACCUGCCUGCCUAAUCAGAGGACCAGAAUCGAAAGCAAUGUUUUUGAGAUCGAGAGAGUGGAUUAUGUUACAUGCUGAUUUGGAUAACCCUCGCGCUGCAACGGCAAGAUCUUUCCGACACUUGUUGAAAUUACAUUUCGAAAUCUUCUCCACAAGGGAAAGUAUUCGCUAAUGAAAACAUUGCUAACAACUAUUUGGGCAACGUUAGCAAAUAUUGUUUUAGUUUACAAAUCUUUAGUCAACGUAAAUUGCGCUUCUCUUCUGCUGUUCGUGUCGCGUUACGCGGUAGCUACUGUAUGAGCUUGCUGCGUAGCUGUAAUUUUUAUCGAACAUUUUUAUACACUGCAUAAAAUGACAGUUUUGAUAGCUUUGAAGAGGUUGAAGUACUUAUUAUUUGUUAUUUAGCUACGCGUGUUGCCUCAAUUGACAAUGCAUUGCUGGAUACGUCCUCAAAUAACGUUACUAUUUUAAGCUAAAUUGUUAAUGAAGAAAAUGGAAGUGACAGGUAGCUAGCUAGCACUGGCACUCUCUCACGCUAGCUAGUUAACAUAACUAGCUACUGAUUGAGUUUCAAACAAGUUGUUGGCUUAUUAGUUUAGCUAACUAUUUACAAAUGUAAAUAUUUUCCCAUGCAUUGACAAUACGUUGGGAUGUAUAGAACUCAAUAACUUCGGUAAGCGUUACCUGCUGGCACCGAAAACACAUUUUGGAAUUAGUUUGUUUACAAACACUUGUCAGCUGAACUGUUCACUAUUGUUAACUUAUGUGGCUAUCAAGCUAACGUUAGCUAGCACCGAAAAUUUGCCAACGCGACGAUUUGAAGCAGCACUGAUGGAUUCGCUAAAAGUGGACUGACAAUCAAAACCACACUCUCUAUAUUUGUGCCCCAAGCACUCGCUUUACAUUUAAGUAACAUUUUAAAACUGUGCGGCCCACACCAUGUCCGGAUCCCCGGGCUCGGGUGGCUCAAACCCCAGGAAGUUCAGCGAAAAGAUAGCGCUGCACAACCAGAAACAAGCAGAGGAGACGCUGGCCUUCGAUCAGCUUAUGACAGAUCUCACUGUCUCAAGGGUGCAGUUCCAGAAGAUCCAACAGCUACGUCAGACCCAGACCAGGGCCCAGUACUAUGGAGGCUCCCUACCCAACGUCAACCAGAUCGGCAACGCUAGCGCCGACUUCCAGGGUGGCUUCCCAGGGGCCUUGGACAGUGUCAGGGGGACACGUCACCAUGGCCUGGUAGAGAGGGUGCACCGGGACCGCAACCAACGCAUUAACUUGCCUCACCGCCGGCCCAUCGACAAGCACGGACGGCAGAUGGAGAGCUCCCCGUACGGAACCGUGUACCUGUCCCCUCCGCCGGACAACAACUGGAGAAGGGAGCAGCAGCCGUGGGCCGAGGAGAAACGACCAGGAUUUAGAUUAAUAUCACAGCUCAACAGAACCAACUCGGACUCGGCUCUUCAUACGAGUGCCAUGAACCCCCAGGACCCCUUUGGCAUGAACCAGCAGAUGGGCAGAGGGCCCCCCCAGCGCAACGCCAGUGUGAACGAGGCGGAGGUGGACGGCUCUGGAGAUGUGUUCUCCUUCCCAUCUCUGUCUAAUGAGGAGGGUCUGAUGGGUGUCAGCAAGCCCCUGCCCAAGCAACUGUGGGAGGCCAAGAAGGUUCAAUCCCUCUCAUCACGGCCCAAAUCCUGUGAAGUGCCUGGAAUCAAUAUAUUCCCGUCUCCAGAGCAGAACGCGGGCCUCUCCAACUACCAGGGCUCGUUGAACACGGGCGGUUCCCUGCCAGACCUCAGUAACCUGCACUUCCCCUCACCGCUGCCCACACCCCUGGACCCAGACGACGGGCACCACGGAGGGGGGGGCUACCACCCCAACCUGAGCGGGGGCAGCAGCACAGGCAACCUGCCCGCCGCCAUGAUGCACCUAGGCAUAGGGAAUCACCAGGGAGGCUGGACUGAAGGAGGUCUCUCGUCCUCUCUGAGCAAUCCUUCCAUCCAGAACUCUCUCCAAAACUCCCAGCUGCACUCGUCCCUCAGCAAUCCCUCCAUCCACUCGUCCCUCCGUCUGACGUCCCUCUCCAACCCUCCGCAGGGAACCAUGAGCAGCUCGCCUCGCCGCCGCCCGGCUCCCAUCAGCCCCCUCACUCUGUCACCCGGCACCGAGCAACGGCGGGGGCUUUCCAAGCAGCUGUCUCCCACAAUGUCCCCCUCACUGUCCCCCAUCACACAGGGGGUUGCCUUGGACACCAGCAGCUUACCAAUGGAGCCUCCCCCUCCCUACCCUCUCUACCAACAGCUACACCAACAGUCCCAGCAUUCAAUGGGGCAACAACAACAACGCCAGCAACAACGUCAUCAUCAUCAUCAACAGCAGCCAGUGUCCCCUCUGCAGAACAUCUCUCUGGACUUCAACUCUGGUCAUAACAACAUGGCGGCGUUCUUCAAUGACCCGUUCAUGGACCCACAGUUCUCCAGUCGCCAGGCCAAGGCACUGUCCUACCAGGUAAACCACCGGGGAGAAGUCUCUAGAGAAGGAUCCUCCGGAAAGGACUUCAUUCCCUCAUUCACAUUGGACCAGUUCAGCAUGUUGGAGAGUGCCAUGAGCCAAAUUGCAGGCGGUUCGUGUUUCGACCCGGCCUCACCCUCUUCCUCGCCCCUAUACUGCUCGCAGGCCGCCCUCAUGGGCCUGGGUGGGAGCCACGGCAACUUGCAGGACCAGCUGCAGCAGAUGAGACCCAACAACAACUACAACUGCAGUGGAGGGGUGCCCAACAUCAUACUGACUGGUAGGUGGAGGGGUGCCCAACAUCAUACUGACUGGCAUCCGUCUCUCCUUCUCUCCCCACUUUCUCUUCCUCCUCUCUUUAUCCUCUCUCACCUGUCCGUUCCCCCUUUUUCUCCCCCCCAUCCCUCCAUAGAUGACUCCAACCCCAGUCAUUCCAAGGACAUCAGCAGUGCCAUGUCGGCCGGCAACAUGGCUGACUGUUUCGACUCGGAGGUGAGCUUCCCACUGGAGGAUGAGCUGCGCAUCGAGCCCUUGAGCCUGGAUGGUCUGAACAUGCUCAGUGACCCCGACAUGGUGCUCUCUGACCCUUCGGUGGAGGACAGUUUCCGCAGUGACAGACUGUAAUCGGGCACGCACACAUACACACACAGACUGUAUAGGCCAGGUAGCGUGGGUUAAACUUGAAUGAUCCCCACCUCCCUCACACACUCAUGGCAUACGUAUGCAAUUUUUUAAGGCAUUUACACACACACACACUAUUAAAGAAGAAUAGACUUGUGUACAAUCACUGUUUACAUGGGCUUCACAUGUAAAUGCCACACACACACACACGCUCUUACCUACGUUGUGCAUAGUCAUUUGGAACGAUGGACCGAUGUACCAUUGAUUGAUAUUAUUUUUUUAUUUUUUUACCAACAUUACAUCAGCACUGAGCAUUACUAUAACGUUACUAUAACGUUCCUAUAGUGUUCCUCCACCUAUAUACAGUUGAAGUUGGAAGUUCACAUACACUUAGGUUGGAGUUAUUAAAAUUUGUUUUUCAACCCCUCCACAAAUUUCUUGUUAACAAACUCUAGUUUUGGCAAGUCGGUUAGGACAUCUACUUUGCAUGACACAAGUAAUUUUUCCAACAAUUGUUUACAGACAGAUUAUUUCACUUAUAAUUCACGGUAUCACAAUUCCAUUGGGUCAGAAGUUUACAUACACUAAGUUGACUGUGCCUUUAAACAGCUUGGAAAAUUCCAGAAAAUUAUGUCAUGGCUUUAGAAGCUUCUGAUAGGCUAAAUGAGAUCAUUUGAAUCAAUUGGAGGUGUACCUGUGGAUGUAUUUCAAGGCCUACCUUCAAAGUCAAGCAAAGAGGCACUGAGAUCAUGGGAAAAUCAAAAGAAAUCAGCCAAGACCUCAGAAAAGACCUCCAUAAGUCUGGUUCAUCCUUGGAGCAAUUUCCAAAUGCCUGAAGGUACCAUGUUCAUCUGUACAAACAAUAGUACGUAAGUAUAAACACCAUAGGACCACGCGGCCAUCAUACCGCUCAGGAAGGAGAUGCGUUCUGUCUCCUAGAGAUAAAAGUACUUUGGUGUGAAAAGUGCAAAUCAAUCCCAGAACAACAGCAAAGGACCUUGUGAAGAUGCUGGAGGAAACAGUAUCUAUAUCCACAGUAAAAACGAGUCCUAAAUCGACAACCUGAAAGGCCGUUCAGCAAGGAAGAAGCCACUGCUCCGCCAUCAAAAAGCCAGACAACGGUUUGCAACUGCACAUGGGGACUAAGAUCGUACUUUUUGGAGAAAUGUCCUCUGGUCUGAUGAAACAAAAAUUGAACUGUUCGCCAUAAUGACCAUCGUUAUAUUUGGAGGAAAAGGGGCGAUGCUUGCAAGCCGAAGAACACCAUCCCAACCGUGAACCACGGGGGUAGCAGCAUCAUGUUGUUGGGGUGCUUUGCUGCAGAAGGGACAAGUGCACUUCACAAACUAGAUAAAAUUAUGUGGAUAUAUUGAAGCAACAUCUCAAGACAUCAGUCAGGAUGUUCAAGCUUGGUUGCAAAUGGACAAUGACCCCAAGCAUACUUCUAAAGUUGUGGCAAAAUGGCUUAAGGACAAUAAAGUCAAGGUAUUGGAGUGGCCAUCAAUCCUAUAGAAAAUUAGUGGGCAGACCUGAAAAAGCUUGUGCGAGCAAGGAGGCCUACAGGAAUGGGCCAACAUUCACCCAACUUGUUGUGGGAAGCUUGUGGAAGCCUACCCAAAACAUUUGACCCAAGUUAAACAAUUUAAAGGCAAUGCUACCAAACACUAAUUGAGUGUAUGUAAACUUCUGACCCACUGGGAAUGUGAUGAAAGAAAUAAAAGCUGAAAUAAAUCAUUCCCUCUACUAUUAUUCUGACGUUUCAUAUUCUUAAAAUAAAGUGGUGAUCCUAACUGACCUAAGACAGGGAAUUUUUACUAGGAUUAAAUAUCAGGAAUUGUGAACAACUGAGUUUAAAUGUAUUUGGCUAAGGUGUAUGUAAACUUCUGACUUCAACUGUAUAUUAGCUGUGCAGUGUCUAGUCCUUCAGCUCAAAGACCGCUGGCCCCCCCACCAGCCUUCCUCUGCCCAGCUGCUGCCACAGCCUCACACCAGCACACACACAGCCAUCUGACUCUGCCACAGGGCCCUUACUGACUGCCACAGACUGAGAGGGCAACAGGUGUCAUCAACAGAGAGGGAGGCUGCAGGACAAUCCGUACUCAUUGACAGUGCUUAGUGCUCGGAUCCUGAUCCUUCAUGGGUUGUCCUCCUCACUGCCACAUUUCCUCCAGAAGUUCUGGACCAGAGCUGGUCAAAUCAGAGCAAGACAGUUGGAUUAUGUUCCAGAGCAAAAGGAACUGUUCGAGAACAGGACACAUUGUGGAACAGGUGGAGACUACGUUCCAGAACAGGACACAUUCUCAAGCAGAAACAUCUCACGUUCUAGAACAUGGGGAUGCUGUUUCCUAGAACAGCAGCUGAUGUUCUUGGACCCUGAGAGGGUCUGCUCGGGGGUUCUGUCUGUCUCCAGUUCAUACCGCUCUGCUCAAUCUGUGCUCAAACAGCACUGCAGACAUGGCAACAUCCAUCACCAAGUCACAUUGGUUACACAACACCAUAGGAACACCCUUGCCAGGGCAACCCAUGUCAUGGUAACUGCCCAAUCGCCAUGCUGAGCAGCACCGGGAGUGUUUACACACAACGGCUGUUCCUCCCGCCAACAUGCAACUCUGAGGAAUUUGCACCUGGUGUUUGAGGCAGAGCCAGCACUGGUAUGGUUCUACUACUAUGCUAAUACCUUGUUAGCACUGUGCUGGUAUGGUUCUAGUACAAUGACACCAGUACAUCCCCUGACAGCCAUGUUCCCCACUGUGGCCCGGCCCAAUGACAGCCCUCUACUUGGCCGUACACCCAAACUAACAAUCAUGGUAGAAAUGAAGAGGAGGGAUCGAUAUGUCUAUCAUUCUGCACAGAGCAUUAUUUUUCAAUGUCUUUGCUAUAUACAGUCCUGUUAUAUUUUUCUGUAAAAAGUUGUUUGCCACAUAUAUAAUAUGCCUCGCUAUAAGUGCAGUCUGACUAGAAUGUAUUUUUCAAACGAGACAAAAAGGGCAAACUGUUUACAAGGAUAAGAUUUUAGUAUGUACAAUUAUACUUAAUAUGAGAAUAUGUUUGAAUUUGACAUUUUGGUAUAAUUGUAAAAGAAAAAUAAAUUGUGUGUGUGUGUAUAUAUA